AUGUUUAAAAGCUCAGUGUACCCAGCGUUGGAAGAAGUAAAAGACCCACUCUCAAAGCAACAGCUUGAGAUCCUCAAGAACCAACUAGAUUCAGAACAGCCCACGCCCUCCCCGCAAACGCAAUUCAAUUAUGCCUGGGGCUUGAUCAAAUCGGAUCUGUUCAAACAACAACAGGAAGGAGUGGCUAUCCUCGUGGGACUAUACAAGACUGCGCCGUCGUUGCAGCGAGAAGUGCUAUAUUAUCUCAGCUUGGGCCUGUUCAAGACGGGCGAUUACACUAACGCCAAACGGUAUGUCGAUAGGUUGCUCGCGGAUGAGCCGGAGAACUCGCAGGCGAAACAGUUGCGGGAAAAUAUCGAUGAUAAGGUCACGAGGGAAGGGUUGAUUGGCAUUGGCGUUGCUGGUGGGGUGUUGGCUUUGGGGGUGGGCAUUAUCGGUGCUUUGGUUAGAAGGAAUAGGAAAUGA